AGUAUCGACAACAUGACGCCGUUGCCCUGCCACCUUCUAAACAUAGUAUGAAGGGUAUGAAGGGUAUGAAGGUUUGAUAUUCGGUACUCAAUAAAUUCAUUGUUGAUUAUUGUUGCGUCAAACUCAUAGAUCUCCUAUACUUUCAUCUCGUGAUCCUAGCUCACUAAGCUGUGGAACAUGGCAUCCAAACUAUUCGCUGUGAUCGCCGGCGCUGGUACAGGAACUGGACGCGCCGUAGCACUCCGGUUUUCAAAGACAUAUCCGGUUGUGCUGAUGGCACGAAGACCUGAGUCGUAUCAAGAUACCUUAUCUGAGAUCACACAGGCAGGAGGCAAAGCCGUGGGUGUUAGCGCCGACGUGACGGAUACAAAGUCCAUGGAAUCCGCCUUCCAUACCAUUAAGACAGAGCUUCCAGACUUCAAGUUGGCUGCUGCGGUCUACAACGUUUCGUCUGGUUAUAUGAUAAAGCCGUUCCUUGAACUCAAGCCCGAGGAUCUGGAUGACAGUUUAUCAGGCAGCGCCCGGGGACUCUUCAACUUCGCCCAGAAGACAAUGCCCCUACUCCUCGACGCUGUACCUCAGUCAGACUACUCACCCACACUGUUAGUCACGGGCGCCACUUCGUCUAUUCGUGGCUCUGCGAAAUUCGGGACACUUGCUGCGGGCAUGUUUGCACGUCGUGCUCUUGCUCAAUCUCUAGCACGCGAAUUCCAUCCUCAGGGAGUUCAUAUCGCGCACGCUAUUAUAGACGGAAUAAUUGACGUACCACGAACGAGUGGUUACACCGGCAAAGGGGACGUAGAGGAUUGGAAACUAAAGCCGGAAGCAAUUGCCGAGAGCUAUUGGCAUCUGCAUACCCAACCUCGUACUGCUUUCACACAGGAAUUGGAUAUGCGACCCUAUGUGGAAAAGUUUUAACGGCACCUAGGGCAAGUAACAAUGCGAUCAUUUGCACUAGAAAGCAAGUCAAGAAUUCUGCGUUUGUGUGUGAAAUGCAUGGGUCCAUCAAAUUGAGCUGCCGUCUGGUGAAAGAAGAUUGCC